AUGUCAAAACGUUUUUUCGAAGGUGCUCAACAUGCCGCUCGUUAUGCUGCAACUCGACCUUCAUAUCCGCCAGUAUUGAUGAAAAAAAUCGUUGAUUUUCUCUCCAUAAAAUACAAAGGUACCUUUGAUUAUGCAGCUGAUGUUGGUUGCGGCAGUGGACAAAUCGGUGAUAAUGACAUACUUUUGUUAGGAUACGAUGUCAGUGAAAAUCAAAUCAGAGAAGCACGUGCAAAGAAUAAAAUAUUGAAUAUUGAAUACAAAGUCAGUUCAAAUAAUGCGAUUCCACAUGAAAAGCAAUCCCUUUGUUUAAUCACUGCAGCACAAGCAGCACAUUGGUUCGAUUUGAAACAAUUCUAUUCAGAAGUACAUCGAACGUUAAAACCUAUGGGUGUUCUAGCUGUGUAUGGUUAUGCAUUACCAGAAGUUGCAAAUAAGCAAUAUUUACAUCUUAAUGACGUUAUUCAGCGAUUCUAUCAAAAAAUGAUCCCAUAUUUUCCACCAGAUCGUGCUCAGAUCGAUAAUCGGUAUGCCGAUAUCAUCCUCCCAUUUGAAGAAAAGAUUCGAGAUGAAAGUGUAAAAAUCGAAUAUGAAUGGAAUCUUGAUCGAUUUGUCGCCUAUGUUUCAUCGUGGUCAGGAUAUGUGAACUAUAUGCGAAAAUAUCCUGAUCGAGAUGUUCUCAUCGACUUUCGUGAAGAAUUAGCCAAAGCCAUGAAAAGUGGAGGUGAAACAGAAUUAUUAAAAAUCGAAUUUCCCGUAUUUGCUCUACUCGGUCGAAAAACAACGACAUGA